AUGGCAGUGCCCCAGGGACCAUUUGGGUGGGGACUGUGUGGCCCCACAGCACCCGGCUGCACUGGGUGUCCCCCCUGCACCACCCCUGAUGGCUACAAGCUCGUCUACGGCCUCCCUGGAGGACCCCAGCAGACACUGCGAUUGCCUCCCAAGGCGACAUCCCAUCAGCUGUGGGGCCUGGAGCCAGCAGGGCGCUAUGGGGUACAGCUGUGGGGCCGGGGGGGACACCCCCCCCUCAGCCCCCUGGAAACCUCCUUCGACACCCCUCCCCUCCCACACCCGCAUCCCCGGGACUGCGCCGAGGAGCAGCUGAACGGGCCAGGGCCUUCACGUGAGACCCUCAUCUUCCUCGGGGGAGACCCCCGGAGACCCCUGCGCGUCUUUUGCGACAUGGAGACCGAUGGCGGCGGCUGGCUGGUGUUCCAGCGCCGCCAGGAUGGGGGCACCGAUUUCUGGCGGGGGUGGGAUGCCUACGCCCACGGCUUCGGCAACGUCACCGGGGAGUUCUGGCUGGGUGAGGACCCCGGCAUCGGGGAGGGUCCCAGGGGGAACGAGGCGCUGCACGCGCUGACAGCGAGGACCCCCAUGGAGCUGCGGGUGGACCUCCGCACCCCGUGGGACGCCGCCUUCGCCCGCUACCGUGACUUUGCCGUCGCCGGGCCCGAGGAGCAUUACCGCCUGCACCUCGGCGCCUACAGCGGCACUGCUGGGGAUGCGCUCUCCUACCACGCCGGCAGCCCCUUCUCCACGCGGGACCGGGACCCUCGGGGCCGUUCCCGUCCCUGUGCUGUCUCCUACACCGGGGCCUGGUGGUACCACAACUGCCACUACGCCAACCUCAACGGGCGCUACGGGACCCCCAGUGACCACCAGGCAUAG